AUGAGAACAUAUCGCAAUUCAUUCUACCAAACUGCAAGCAAUUACGUCUUGAACUUGUCACGUCUACUCAAAUUAGAGUUUAUUAUGUCUGCUACGGUUUUUCCGGAAAUUCCUGAUGUACAGAAAGCCGUUAUUUUCCAAAGACAUAAUGGAGAGUUAGAAUACAAAGAUAUUGAGGUGCCCUUACCAAAAUCCAAUGAACUGCUGAUCAAUGUAAAAUAUUCUGGAGUGUGUCAUUCUGAUUUACAUGCAUGGAAGGGCGACUGGCAAUCAGAGACAAAAUUGCCCCUCGUGGGCGGCCAUGAAGGGGCCGGUGUAGUGGUAGCCAUGGGGGAAAAUGUGCGUGGGUGGAAAAUCGGGGACUAUGCUGGAAUUAAAUGGCUGAACAGCUGCUGCUUGUCUUGUGAGCAGUGUGAAUUAUCUAAUGAGCCUAGUUGUCCAGAGGCUGACAUUUCAGGUUACACCCGGGACGGCUCUUUUCAACAAUACGCCACAGCUGAUGCAGUACAGGCUGCUAGAAUCCCAGCGGGCACGAAUCUAGCAGAAAUAUCUCCAGUAUUGUGCGCUGGUAUUACUGUGUAUAAAGCUUUGAAAACUGCUCAUUUAAAUGCUGGAAACUGGGUUGUCAUCUCAGGCGCUUGUGGUGGCUUGGGUUCCAUGGCUAUUCAAUAUGCCAAGGCCAUGGGGCUCCGCAUUGUUGGAAUUGAUGGCGGAUUUGAAAAGGAGCGAUUGUUCAAAGAGUUGGGCGGGGAGAUCUUCAUUGACUAUACUAAGUGCAAGGACAUCGUUCGAGAAGUCAUAAGUGUAACACACGGAGGGGCACAUGGCGUUAUCAACGUUUCUGUUUCAGAGGUUGCAAUACAAGCAUCGACUGAAUAUUGCAGGGCCAAUGGAACUAUCAUUUUGGUUGGUAUACCGAGCGGUAGCAAGUGCAUUUCUGACGUUUUUAACCACGUCGUCAAAUCUAUCAAGAUUGUCGGGUCCAGUAUUGGAAACAGAGCCGAUACAAGAGAAGCCCUCGAUUUUUACUUAAGAGGUUUGAUCAGACCUUCAAUUGAGGUAAUGGGCUUAUCACAGUUGCCGGAAAUUUUUGACAGGAUGGAAAAAGGUCUUAUCGCCGGUAGAUGCGUAGUAGAUACCUCAAGAUAG